CUCACACACGCAUGUACACACACAGACAGAGAACUUUGCCCUAUGUGUCUUGUAUCUGAUUCAUCAGGGCAAAGUCUGUCCUAAAGAAUUAGCUGGGUCAGACACAUUCAGAAUCAGAGUCGACAUAGCACCAACGCUACCAAAACAACACAAGGAAAAAUAGGAGGUAAAGAAGAGAGAGAAGGAAAGAAAGAGAGUGGGAUAUGGAGUCAACAUCAUCAUUAAUAAAGUCUGUGACGAGGCGGGUGUGGUCGUUGGCCCCGGCCCCCCAGAGACCAUUCAGGGUGUGUUCCCAUGACAGGGGCACCAGGAAGGGUGUCACAGCAGCUACCCUGGAGGAGCUGAGAGAGAGGGUGUGUCAGGCCCUGAUGCUGUGCCUGUCCAGUCUGGCUGUAGUGCUAGUGUGUGAGGAGGACGGGACAGUGGUAGACUCUGAAGACUUCCUGAUGUAUCUGCCCGACAACACUGUCCUCAUGGCCCUGGAACCUGGACAGACAUGGAAACCUCCUCCGGGUGCAGUGCUCUCCAAAGGCCAGGACCCUAACCAGUCGCGGACAGGAAAAGACAUAGCCCGGGUGACCUUUGACCUGUACCGGCAGAACCCCAAGGACGUGUUUGGCUCCCUGAAUGUGAAGGGCACCUUCUCAGGCCGGUACUCCGUCAGCGCUGACUUCCAAUGUCUGGGGCCCAAAAAAGUCCUCAGAGAGGCCCUCCGCAUGGCCUCCACCCUCCUCCAGAUGGCAGGUCACAUGUUGAUCACCUCAGCCAAUCUGAUCAAGCGGAUAAUCGAGGGAGCAGAGUUCUGGCAGCCUCAGAGGGUGGAGGCCACAGAGUACUGGAACUAAGGCAGGACUGGGACCGACCGCUCUCUAAUGACCAAAUCAAUCCUAACUUGAGUGUAUGUUUAUGAUUGAGUUAUGCAAGGUUGUGUGUUGUGAUCAAACAGGAGGAUAAUUACACGUUGUUUAGAUUUUUUAUAAGGUUAGUUGUAAAAUAGGACUUAUCUUUCUCUAACAAUUCUGAGAAUGUACCACGAAGUCCACAAAUAGAAGCAAUGAAUUUUUAAAAACUGAGUAUGCAUUAUUUGUCACUUUCUUUGUGGUUUCUAAUCACUGUCUCAUCUUGUGUUUAAUGAAUGCUUUCAGUUGCUACAUCCACUCAGUCCACUGUCAGAGACACCCACUUCCAGAACAAGGAGAAACAGUUCUGUUCAUUCAUAGAAGGGUAUGAGGAAACCUGACCAGCACUUGAGGAACCAAUACGAUUUAACAUGAGCCUUUUGUUGCUGUACCUUUAAUUAGGCUAUAUAUAAGUUAAUUACUUUCUUACUCAUGACCACACAAGAUCUGCCAAAAGGCAAGGACACAGACUGCAUAAGCACAGUAUGAGGUCAGAUAGUGAAUAUACUGAGUAACAUUACCAACAACAUUAUCAAAUAUUAAACUGGUACCAGCCGGUUACUCAACCCUCCACCUUAGAGGCUGUUGCCCUAUAUACAUAGACAUGGAAUCACUGGUCACUUAAAUGAUGGAACACUGCUAACUUUAAUAAUGUUUACAUACUGCUUUACUCAUUUUUACUCAUUUCAUAUGUAUUUCAUAUGUAUUCUAUUCUAAUGUAUUUUAAUCAAUGCCACUCCGAUAUUGCUCGUCCUAAUAUUUAUAUAUUUCCUAAUUCCAUUCUUUUACUUUUAGAUGUGUCUAUUGUUGUGAAUUGUUAGAUAUUACUGCACUGUUGGAGCUAAGAACACAAGCAUUUCGCUACACCCGCCAUAACAUCUUCUAAAUAUGUGUAUGUGACCAAAUAAAAUUUGAUUUGAUUUGUUCAGUUCUGUUUAAA